UCAGAUAAUUACUGCUAUGCUUUUCUUGAAAGACAUCUGGCGCCAUUUUGUGCGGAAUGAGUGGUAUAAUUCGUGCAAUCGAGACAGACGUUCCGUAUUUUUUCCCCAAUUGCCGUUAUAUCUUUUAAAUGAUGGGAUAAAUUUCAAUGGUUUUGUUCGUCUUUGCUGUGAUAAUUAUUAGGAGAAGGAUCCGUAAAUUUGAUUUGCCAGUCUCUUUGCUAGUUACGAAAAAAUAUCGAGGGGCAAGUUUGACAUCACAAUAUACAACCGUUAUUCGUUUAUUGGCCUCCGACAUCAUACUUAAAAGGAAGCAAUUAUCCAGUAAUGCCUGACCGGGGUGUCUUAUCAGCAGCAGAGAGCAUAGAUCGUGGACCUCUUGUCACACAAACCCACACCAUUCCCAUCGGCCGAGAUGUGACACCGGGUGGGCGAUACAAUCUCGGCGGGCAUCGCCUCUCCUUCGGCUCCCUUUCGCAGGUUUCCGACACCAUUCGGGACUUGCUUCUGCAUCCGAAUGAGAUCGCGAAGUGCCGAGAGAACCCUCUGACGCGCCAAGGAAAGCGCAUCCAGCUUGCGAAGAUGUUGAUUUUGAUAUCGAUACCGGUAUUCUCGCUCGCGAUACUAGCUGUUAUGGAUCUUCAUCGGAUAGCUCACGAUAAUAUCGUAAAUGUAGAAGUCCGCAACGUCAUCAGAUUCAGUCGAGAUAUCGGAGUACUGCUCAGUUGUCUGCAAAAAGAACGUGAUAUGAGCGCGCUCUACGUCAGUCAGAUUGGUCCGGAGAACAAGGCCUUUCUUUCGGAACCUUAUGAAGCAACCGAUAACGCACUGCAUGAAAUACAGGACUGGCCUGCAGAGACCUCCAUCAUCAAUGAACUGCCCUUCUUUAGACACAAAAGUGACUUCCGGGCUCAUCUCGCGAACCAUCGUCAUCGUCUGCAUCGCUCGAACACGACAGCCUACCUGGAGAUUCAUUUCUACACCGACCCUCUCCGCAUCAUCAUUGAUUGGCUUUAUGACAGCGUCGGCAACUCGAAGGGACAUGGACUCUGGCGAACGUUGGUGGCGUACCAGCUACUCAUCGUCAGCAAUGUGGAUACGGGUAUUGAGCGCACACUCGGCUCGCUGUUCUUUUUGCAAGGUGGUUUUCACCGACACGAAGAUUAUGUUUGGUAUCUCGAAAAGUUCACAGUCGGGACUUGGAACUUUGAGGCAGCUAAACGGUACUCUCCCCUCAUCACUAGUCUCUAUCAUGAACUCAUUGGAAAUCAGAUCAACUUCACUUACGUCAUUGAGAUCAUGCGGCAGGAGAUAUUAGACGGCGAGAUCAGGAGUCGCGAUUCGAACUUCGACGACGCCACCCUCUGGUUUGAGAAGAUGACUGUCUACAUCGACAUCCUUGAGAACUUACAGAAGAACAUGGCCGAGAAGAUCUUAGAGCGCCUUGGAGCUGACAUGGAGAAUGAUACAAAGGCCAUAGCUAUCAGUAUCUUCCUCGUCAUCCUCGUGGUCAUCAUGUGUCCACUCAUCCUUCGAGCGUUCUGGACGUUGACCACGACCAUUCAGAAUUGUGCGCUGUCACUGGCUUCUCAGACAAAGGCUUUAAACACGGAAAAGAAGAGAGCUAAUUGGUUGCUUUGUUCGAUGUUGCCCGAGACAGUAGCCAAUCAGCUGAUGCAUGGUUACAACGUCCAAGCCGAGUGGUACGACAGUGCUACGGUGUUUUUCGCUGAUAUCUUCGAGUUCAGUCAACUGUGCGCCGAGAGUACCCCGAUGCAGGUUGUUGAGAUGUUAAACGGGCUGUACUUGGUGUUUGAUUCUCGCAUCGAGCAUUACGAUGUAUACAAGGUUGAAACGAUCAAUGAGACCUACAUGUUGGCUUCCGGUCUACCGGAAAGGAAGGGUGACCAGCACGCCGGAGAGGUGGCUACCAUCGCCUUGGAUCUUCAGUACCACGUUAGCUUUCUUGAGGUUCCUCACAAGAGAAAUAAGAAACUCAAGAUCAGAGUUGGAAUCCACUCUGGUCCAGUGGUAGCAGCAGUGGUGGGACUAAAAAUGCCUCGUUAUUGCCUCUUUGGAGAUACGGUUAACAUUGCCUCAAGGAUGCAGACAACUGGCGUCCCUGGGCGUGUCCAGAUAAGCUACGAGACUUUUGUCGCUCUCAACGAACUAGGAGGAUACAGAGUCGUGAAGCGUGGGGAAAUCGAGAUCAAGGGUAAAGGGUUGUUGACAACCUACUGGUUGAAUGGAAAGGAUAAUUUCGAGCAUUCCAUGGUAUCCCUGAUCGAACCAUCCAGUCAGCUUGGUGAUAUCUCUCUACACGAGCACAAAUACGAACACAUGUAUCAGCAGAAAUAUACCGGUCGAAUCCAGAUCAGACGGGUUCGAGUCGAGAGUAUGAACGCUGGUUCGUUCUAAUAAGCGGUCAACUCCACUUUGAUCCGCUCGGAACCAGUGAUCCUGGUACAAGUAUACUUAAGAUGUAGUAAGGAAUAUAUUAGCGAUCCCUAAUGCAUGCUAAUUUGAAACAUGAUAUGGAAUCGUAUCAAAAGAAUUACACUGUAUCAUUAAGGCACUUUAUCGGUCCAAGUAAGUAGAUCUACUCACUAUAUUGAUAUUUGAUGUCAACGACCUGAACCAUGUUUUUUUUUUAUAUAAUUGAACAUUUUUAAAGGUCGUGUUUUCACAUUCUAUGACCCUUUCUGAUGUGUUUUCAACAAGAAGGGGGAUGAAAAUAUUGAAAUAUAUGCGAACCUAUCGUCAAAUAUGACUAUUCAUUACAAUAUAUCGACGUUUCCAUAUAUUUCGUUCUUGUCCUUUGUGCAAAGAGAGUCCUUUAUAGAUAUUACUUGUAAACUUUGAUUUAACUUAGAUCACGUGACAGCAGUGUUCGUGGACUACGUGGCCCUCUUCCAUUACCAUGGUUACAAGGGUCUCUUUUCUGCAUGAGAGGAAAAUUAUUUAAGAAAUUCUGUAUUCUGCACGGAGAUCAUUAUUACAUCAUUUUUUUGUUCGAUAUGUCUGUAUAAAAUUGUUGACGAGGUGAUGAAGACAUUCGACGUUUUCUAGAAUCUGUUCAAGUAUAUAGUACAUUUUCUAAUGAUAUGUGGGAUGAUAUCGUAAAUGAAUAGUGAUAAAAAUCGUUUUACGUAUGUAAUCUAAGGGAUAUUCUGGCAUUAGAUCAUACUGUACAGCUGUGGCUACUUGUAGAUAUGCACCACCAUAUAGGUAGACUGUCAUUCUUGAUAUGUUUCUGUGCAUUUUGUGGCAAAAUUAUUCAUUGUCUCGUCACAAAUCUUUUCAAUCAAUGCAAAUAAGUGUUUUUCCUCUCAGUUAAUGUCAUGUUAUUCCAAUAACAUCGCAAGAAUGAUUGUAGCACUACUAGAACAGUAUUUGAAUUGAAUGAUUCUAAGCACUGUUUGAAGACAUUGAAUUUUGUGAGACAUUUCCUAUUUUUAAGCAAGCGCCAUGAGCGCCAAACAGAGGCGCAUACCGGUGCUAUAUAAGAACCCUUCAUCAUCAUCAUUAUCAUCAGUUCAUCAUCAUCAUCAACAUCAUCAUCAUCAUGUUAUACGCCUAAUGAUUUGGUUAUACAUUUUUUUUUCUUCAAGCAUCUGUUUAAAGAUGCGUUUAUUUUGUAAAAUAUUGUUUUAUUUCAAAUGAGUAAUUCCGUCAUUUCCCUUCAUGGUGUAGCUAUUUUCUUAGUUUUCCUUUUUCUGCAAUGCACAGAGAAUACAUGUAUAAGUUUUAUUAUUAUAAAUUAUAUAAAAGUGGUAUUAAUGCUUGUUUGGUGAUACAUACUGUGUUUAUUUCUCACCUGAAUGCUUUGUGGUGUUUAUGCUAAAUUAUUCAGACAUUUUAUCUAAAUGUAAAUCGGUUGAUAUAUCUGCAUAAUUAAGCGUAGUUUGUUUUUACAAUUCACACAGUAAACCAAUGAUGCAUGUAAUGUAUAUUUUCUUAAACUGGUCUAUAAGUAGAAAUCAAUAUAAAGGGUAAUCGCGAGCUCUCAACGAAGAUGCAUUCCAUCGCGAUCAAUUAAUCAUUAUCAGCAUGAUCAGUGUCUUGUUUAAAAAGAAAUAGUGUUAUAUCUUGUUAACCACAUGCGUUGUUUUAAUUGUAUUCAAUAAUUUCUGGACAUUCCUCUUUGUUACUGGAAAUGAGACUUUCAUGGCUAAGCGAUAGCAAUCUCACAUUAAAGAUUUUUUACACCGCGGCGGAGAACGAUACUCAAGAACAAAUUGUAUUGAAAAUCCCCGUCAAAUAACAAUGAACAGCUGGGAGGUCUUUGUCGAAAAUUGGUGAAUAGGAACAGCAGUUUCGUCCUUGAGAUUUCGGAGCUGGCGAAAAACUGAAAAUAUAUCGUUUGCCCAGAAUUCAGGACGAAACUACUGUUUUAAUUCAUUAAUUUUCGACAACUUCUUGGUUGCUCAAUAUUAUGAUCACCAUCGAAUGCCAAUUGACAUACAUUAAAGCGUUCUGCGCCGGGGUUCUACGUCGCGGCACGAGAGUAGUCUGCUGGGCAAACCCUUCACUCGAGUUAAGGGUCUGAAUGUGCAGCCUACUCAUGCCUUGUGUACUGAAGGCUCUCUCGCUCAGCAAGUUUUGUAUGUGCUAGUCUUUGCGUGGAGGCACACUUGUUGAUCAAAGUUCCAAUGAGGGUCUGUGCCUGCAGACUAGCACGAGAGCUCCCUAUUAGUGAAUAGUACGUCACGGCGUGUAUAAUCUGCAGUAUCAAAUUAAUGAUGCGUGUUUAUGCAGAAAAUUUUAUAAUGAUGGUAUCAUAUCUAUAUUUACACAGCAGUAUAAACAAUCGAAACACUAUAAGAAUAAAUUUAUGCACUGUGAAUUGAAA